AUGACGUAUAUUUCCUUGGUUCCGGUUGUAUUUGGUGUUAUAUUUGCAACUGUAGGCGACUACUAUUUCACAAAAAUGGGCUUCUUUCUGACUGUGCUUGGUACAAUACUGGCUGCUUUAAAGACGGUUGUUACAAAUCGUGUUCAAGUUGGUCGUCUUAAGCUUCACCCCUUAGAUUUGUUGUUACGUAUGUCACCCUUAGCCUUUGUUCAAACUGUAAUCUAUGCUUACGUUACUGGAGAAUUGCAUCGAGUUCGCGUGUUUAGCCGAACGGAAAUGAGUUCAUCUUUGGUUUUUGCCCUUCUCACAAAUGGUGUCAUUGCCUUCUUUCUUAACGUUGUAAGUUUUACAGCAAAUAAAAAGACAUCGGCCUUAACUAUGACCGUGGCCGGCAACGUAAAACAAGUUCUAUCAAUCAUUUUGGCAGUCGCAAUAUUUAAAUUGACAAUAACACCAACAAAUGGCCUUGGUAUCUUUUUGACUCUACUUGGGGGAGCAUGGUAUGCAAAAAUUGAAUUGACCGAACGAAAUAGACCAAAGCUCAACGAUACACCGCCAUUAG